ACAGCGAUGCAAGGGGAAUUCUUCUGGCAAGGAGGCUUCUGACGCAGGAUUCCGGUAUCGCCGCGUUGACGUCACUUCCCGGAAUGACUCCAUCCCUUUUUUUCCGUUGCCGGAAACUAGGAAGCGAAGCGGCGUCGUGGAAGAAAGGUUGGGAAAUGGCGUUCCUCGUGAGGGACCCGUUGGGCACCGGGGUGCGGCUGGUGCCACUGCCCGUUCAAGACCGGUCGGUCCGGGGUUUGCUUCGUGCCCGUUGCCAGGCGCAGGGUCUUCCUGAAGAUCACUUUUACGUAAAGUGCAAUGGUCGCUGUGUUAAUUCAGAAGAUGAGCUGCAAGAUGGUGGUGUUUACAGCCUGGAACCAAGACUGUGUGGUGGAAAGGGAGGUUUUGGAUCUAUGCUCCGGGCACUUGGUGCUCAAAUAGAGAAAACAACAAACAGAGAAGCUUGCAGAGAUCUCAGUGGGAGAAGGCUUCGGGACGUAAACCACGAAAAAGCGAUGGCUGAAUGGGUGAAGCAGCAAGCAGAACGUGAAGCAGACAAGGAACAAAGACGUUUAGAAAGACUAAAACGCAAACUUACUGAGCCAAAGCACUUUUUCACUAAUCCAGACUAUCAACAGCAAUGUCAUGAGAUGGCAGAGAGGCUGGAGGAUUCUGUUCUCAAAGGUAUGCAGGCUUCUUCCAGCACAAUGGUAUCACCAGAAAGUGGCGAGAGCCGAAAACGAUUAAAUGCGUCUGAAAAGGGAGCACCAUCAGAAAAGAAAAAAUGUUUGUGGUUGGGCAUGGAAGGACUUGAGGAUUCAGAGAAUAGUUCACAAAGCAGUGAUGACAGUGAAGAUGAUCAGUCUCCUAGUACAUCGGGAAGUUUCACAGCAUCCACUGGCAACCUUUUCCAAAUGGAUGAUAGAACAGAACAAUGCCCCAGCAGUUCUGAGGAUUCCGUAAGCUGUAGUUCAGUUUCUGACACAGCAGAACAAUUGCAGACACAAGAGGAAGAUGCUAAAAGUGGUCUGGCAGAAGAUCUACCUACUAAUGAAACUGCAGCUAAUGAAAACCAUGAAGCAGGCCAGACCCCAAAUGAGGAAAAGGAAGCAAAAACAUUAAGUGCUGAGAAAACCACGAGCCAGUUGCAGGACACUGAGACACCAACACUAGAUCUGCUGGCAUUCAAUUCUAUUGCUGAACUGGAAGUCCUGGGACUAGAGAAACUGAAGUUUGAAUUGAUGACUUUGGGACUAAAAUGUGGAGGCACUUUACAGGAGAGAGCAGCCCGGCUGUUCUCUGUGAGAGGUCUGUCUAGAGAUCAGAUUGAUCCUGCUUUGUUUGCUAAGCCUUCAAAAGGGAAAAAGAAGUAAAAGCCAGCAGUGGAAUUCCUCCUUGCAUCAUUUAAGCCCAUUUGCUUAGAGAAAAAGGAACAAAUCUCUUCAAGGUUUUUUUUCAUAUCGUGUUGUUUUGUAUUAUGGUGUUUUCUCACAGAAGUGAAGAUACGUUUAUAUGUUCUUUAAAUUCAAUUCUUAUAGGAGCAAUUUAUAAUUAUGUGCCAAUGUUUCAAGUGAAGAUUAGAUUUGUUUGUCAGCAGAUUUUACCUUGCCUUUCAAUUUUUGUAGAAAUUCCCCUGUAACAUACUGAGUUGCCAGUGGUUUGCUUAUUCAUUCAGACCCAUUUCCCUCGAGAAAAGGGGCAGAUUUCAAUUCAUAUAAAGUUGUGGAAUAAUAUGGGUAGGGAUCAAAAGGAAUGUUAAACCUGAGAUACUAAAUUACAUAUUAAGGAGAACCAAAGUAAUAGGACUUCCUCAAACCCAAUAAAGGUGCAAGAUUGAUAUUUAACUGAAUAGUUUCUGCAAGAAUACAGAUAAGGACUGCUACUCAUCAGCUUGGUAGGGAAGGAUGAGUUUCAGGCAGGUUCAAUGUACACCUUGUGUAUAGACCUAGCUGGAUUCCCUUAACAAGCAACGAUUAAACCUUUACACUUCUGUUGAAUUGUAUAUGAACUAAAAGAGUCUACUGUUUCUAAUUUUUUAAUAAAAACCGUGAUUGUUGCAGAGCGACAAACAAA